AUGGAAACUUCAAUCACAAAACUGGUAGUAUUUGGGAUAUUGACCCGUUUUGUAUACUAUAUUUGGAUGGUUGUAUCAUCGAGUAUACUUCCUCCAUACGACCUUCAGACAUAUUUGUUGUCUGACACUGUGUCCCCAUUUUUAGCGCCAUUUUCCUCGUGGGAUGGUGUUCACUUUCUAUCAAUAGCGAUGAAGGGGUAUAUUCACGAACAUCAACACGCCUUUUUCCCUCUUUUUCCAUAUUUUGUGAGGACUGUGACACACCUUUUAGGGUUUGCUGCUGACGAUGCAAAUGGAUACAUAUUUAUUGGUGUACUCAUUUCACUCGUUUCAUUUAAUAUUGCUCUUGUCACUCUUUACAAAAUGACUAAAGACUAUUCCAAUGAAGACUUCGCUUAUAAAACGGGGAUUCUAUUUUGUGUUGCUCCGGCGUCGGUGUUUCUCACAUCUGCUUACACAGAAUCAUUGUACGGAUGUUUGUCCCUCUUGGCGUGUUACUUCUUGUACAACAAAAAGAACGUGAUGAUGUCGUGUCUCUUCUUUUUUGUUGCUUCCUUUGUGCGAAGCAAUGGACUCAUCAACCUUGGUUUUGUAUUAUACUACUUUGUUGAUAAUAUCUUACCAUUCGCAUCUUUUCCAAAAGUCCACAAGAAAGUGACUGUGAGACUUGUGGUAAGCACAGUCCUCCUAGUGAUUUCCAAUUUGUUACCAUUUGUAUUGUAUGACCACUUCGCGGCUGAAAAGUUCUGUAAUAUGACACCAAAGCCCACUUACUGUGGAGGUAUAGGAAAACUCUAUUCAUAUAUUCAGGCAAGAUAUUGGAACCAGGGAUUCUUAAAGUACUGGAGACUCAUUGAAAUCCCAAAUUUCUUGUUAUGCGCCCCCGCCGUAAUUAUAUCGUUAAUAGUGUGUGGGUAUUAUUUGGUGAAUUACUUUAUACGGCACCCACUCUUUCGUUCACUUUGUAAGUCUACACAACUCGAGGAAAGUAAGAGUGACACUCAAAAUGGGAAGGGCAUGAAAAACAACGACUUGUUGGUUUACUUUGUCCACCUUUUGGCUUUGGUUGUCUUCGGAUUGUUCUGUAUGCACACCCAAGUCAUCACAAGGUUUGUUUCAGCAUGUCCCGCAUUCUAUUGGGGAAUUGUUUGGAUCACACAACAGAAGGUAUUUGGUAUGCUCAGGUACGUCCCUGUGUUCUAUUCAGUGUUUUAUACCUUCUUUGGUGGAGUCAUGUUCGCUUCCUUCUAUCCAUGGACUUGA